AUGGGAGUCAUUGUCUCCAAAGAAAAUCAAAAUCGGACUAAAAAAGUCCAGCAGACCGCCGCGGUUGUGUCAGCACUCAAGACGGCUUCGAAGGACAACAAAGGCAAAGUUAGCCCUACUGUUAGCAACCACAGCAAAGAUAGCCUGUCAGUUGAAAGACAAACACAGAAUAAUUCAAACGAGCUGCAAAACGCCAGGUUUUCCUCAAGAGAUGAUGAUUUGGACAGAGAACACAUGGCAAGCAUGAAUCAUGACAAAACGUCGCUGUCGUAUGGUCUUCCAAAUUUGGGACAUGCAGAUUCCUAUGUCAGUGGGACGACAGGCUACUGGGACAAAAAUGACAAAUCUGCCGUUACUGUCCCAUACUUUGGUGCUUGGAAAAAUAGAGUAAGUGUUAAAAGCCAGGUAUAGUGCAGUUACGAGUUCGCUAUGACCGCUGAAUUAGAGAAGUGAAGACGCAUUUUUUACAGGGUUAGCCUCCAUCUGAAGUAAUAUAUUCACAAAUUCCAACGAGAAAAAGACCUGUUUAUUACUCUGUCUAUUGUGUAUAUUCAAAUUUCAAACACUUACUUGCCGGAAUUUCUGAAUAUUUUACUUUACGUUGAGGCUAACCCUGUAUAAAUGUGCCGUUAAUGUUUGUAUUCAGCGGUAAUUCACUGUUUAUCAUGCUUCCAAUACCUGGUGCUAGGGUGGGGAGAGAGAGGGGGGAUGGCUGAGGGGCUGAGAGGGUAUAAUCUCUGGUAGAGGGAUGCUGGUUGAGAGAUGGCAAUGCUCAUUUAAGAAUCACAUAGGUAAAACAUGCAAGAGGAAACAAAGUAGGAGUCCUCAUGACACUCUCCUUAUAGACUCUCUUGUAAGCAGACAGUUCUUAUACUUAUGGCCACCUUCACAAAACCCUGUUUUUCUCAUCGUCCAUACGGACUCUGUAUUUUUAAUUUCCCGUAAACUGCAAGCUCCAGUUACAGACACCUUUUUUGCCUCUCGACGGUGCGUGUCCACUUAUGAGAGCUCCCACUGUAUUCCUUGUUGGUCACCAAACCAGUUCCUAAACCUGCCUGGCAGGGGAUAACUUAAGUGCCACACUGAGUUUCAGAAGAAUUUGCAAGUUCAGCUGUCAACUGUUCAACUUUUUAUUAAUUAUUGUAAAUUUUACAGAAAGCAAUAUCCACUGCCCACAGUUAGCAGAUUAGCUAGUCAAAGCGAGCAGUGGUUAGACUCAUGUUAAUCUGGGCAUGGCUAAGGCUUUAUUUGAAAAUUGCUUUUCAAAAUUUCUUAUGAGUCAAAAGCCAUCUAAAUUUAUCUACCAAGAAAUUGUGUCAAAAAACUGUGAAAGGCCAAUUUCAUGUCAAGAAAAGUGGUACAAAGACAUCAAUCUUCCCCUAAAGGAAAUUAUUAACUGGAAAGUCGCUUAUCAAACAUCCUUUCAAUGCACAAAGAGCAGUAAACUUAUCACUUUCAACUUCAAACUGUUACAUCGCCGGUUACCAACUAACUGUUUCUUAAAAAAUGUUGGACUUAGAGACGAUGAUAAGUGUUCUUUUUGUAAUAAGGAAACGGAAAACUUGAUACACUUAUUUUGGAGAUGCGAAAAAACAAAAAAUUUUUGGGAUAGUCUUUUUAAGUGGAUGCAGUCUUGCCAACUUUCUUUAGGUGAACAUAAUAUUACUUACACAUAAAUACGGCUUUGGGUCUGAGGCCAGAUAGAUCUAAACACAAACUCCAAAUCAAUUUUUGUUGCUUAAUUGCCAAGCACCAUAUCUGGCUUUGUCGCUCAAAAGAACAUCCCCCCAACUUAAACAACUUUUUGCUUUAUUUGAAACACAUUUAUCAAAUAGAAAACAAUGCCUCCACUGUCAAAAAUAAAUGGGAACCCUUGUUGCCUUAUAUAAGCCUUUUGACCUGAGUCUCCAAAACUUAAUUAAAUAUAAAUUUCUUUUCUAUAUCUCUUUUGUGCUUUGUUUUGGUUUUGACUGUGCCCUUUUACCCAAGGAAAAAAAAAACAAAAACAAAACAAAAACAAAAACAAAAAAAACGAAAGAGUAGGGAAAGAGUAGGGAGAGAAAAAGGAAAAAAGGACCACAUGUAUCAACUUCGCUAUUUGCUUUUAGCCUGCUGCUCUCCUCUCAAUUGAUGUGAUUUUUUUUUUUUUUUUUUUUUUUUUUUUCUGUCUUUUGUCACUUUUUACUUGUAUUUAAUUUGUUGUUUGUUAAAAUAAAUAAAUAAAUUAAUAAAAAAAAAAAAAAAAAUGUUAAUCUGGGCAUGGCUAAGGCUUUAUUUGAUCCCUAAUAGAGACCAACUUUUCCAACUGUUGACUUGAAUCAGAUUGCAAAAAGUCAUCAACACUGAUGGGAAGAGAUGGUUCCCAGUUUAAAUUAAGUUGUUUCAGUUACUGUAAAUUUGGGAGUGAUAUUUUAAGAGUGAUAAAAUAUAUUUCUACAAGAUUGCAAAAUUUUACAGACAUUAAUGUACUUUUAACAAACACAGGAACUCUAAAUUUCAAAAGCUGCCUUUGCAAUUGCGUUUUUUGCUUCUUCAUCCGUUAUUAGGGCAGUUCCGAUUGGCUAUCCCCAAUCUUGAAUGCAAGUGUUAAAAAUUUUGUAAUUAGUUUCCUUUAAAUUAAUUAGUUCUUUGUAGUUAGAGUACUAAAUGUCUCAAAUAAAAUAAAUAAACAAAUAAAUAAAAAGUGUUAAAAAAUAGUGAUAAAAAUUUAAAAUACUAAUAGUAACUUACAAUAACAUGAAUGAAUGAUGGUAAUAGGACUGAGUGUAGGGAGUCUAAUUCGGUCUGUAAUCAUACGAGUGAUUAACAAAAUCAAAUCCGAUUUGUUUAAUUGCGAGUAUGAUUACAAGGGUCGGUGAACAGGGCUAGAUAUAUACCUCGAUGCUUCACAUCUCAGUAUAUAUCCACCACUAUAUUCAUCUCCCCUUUGGGGGAUAGUUGUAUAUUAUUGAAGAAAAAUAGGAUCAGUUACAAAAAUAAACAGGGGAAAUAACUUGUUAAGUCAUGAUGAAGAAAUCAAUUGGAGAAAGAUAGGAUUAGUAGGAAUAUUAAACAGUGGAAAAUAAACUUGACCUCAAAUAAUUGUCUAUAAGCUACACUAUUAUUUUGUAAAUUUCAGACCUCAGAAACAAACUGUAAUUUUUUAAUCCGUAUAAAGGGACUUCAAGCCUUCAGGUGUGAGUGGAAUAUGUAAUCUGUUUUGAAAAGGCUAAAGUAGACAUGUGUAAAGAAAUGGUGGAGGUAAGCUUUCUUAUUAGGCCCAUCAUAAUUAAAUUAUAUAUUAAAUGAUAAAAACUAAUUAAUGAGCAAUAAUAGUUGACUGGAAUAUAUUCUCAUAAGUAUAAGCAUCUCUAUAUGCAUGUACAUGUAUGCUCCCUCCCCCACCCUUUCUUGUCAAAACCAAAUAUUAAACCUCCACAUUUAAAUUUAUCUAUUUAAAUUACUUUUCUUGUUUUAGAGAAAACAAUUCAAUGAAAAUAUAGACUUAAUGAACCCGGUCCUACAGAUCUUAUCAACUUGUUAAAAAGCAGAACUGUGAUUCAUGUAAUAACAACCAAGGGUAUAGUCUUUGCCUGUAAACAAAUUAAAUUUUGUCACCAAAAAUGUGCACAAAUAAGCUGUAGCUACAGGUAUGAAGCAUACUUGCAUGUUGAUAAUUUUAUAUAUAUAUUUAUUUACUUUACAAACAAGGUUGACUAUGAGGAGCUGUGUUCUGUGUGCCGUGCAUACACGGGAGUUGAAGUUCACCCUUGCCGAGUUUGCUGCAAGGUUUUUCAUGAACUGUGCUUAAAGAAGAAAGGCAAGUUGUAUGAUCAGUCUGAAUUGGAAGCAUUUAGGAAGGCAAACACUGAAACUGGAUGGAGUUGCCAUGAUUGUGUGAGUACAAUGGUGUUAUUAAUGUAUUGUAUUACCAAAAUUAUACAGUCAAACCCCAUUACAGUAAUAACUGCUUACUAGCCUGGAAUGAGCUUGCAAAACCCUGGCAGGGGGAGCGGGUGCUCCAGAUUUCAACUGACAAGAAUGGUCGAAUGGGAGCAAAAAUCAAAACCCAAAAAAAUCCCUAGGGCUUCAAACAAAACCCCAAAAAAUCCCUCGACCAAAAUUUAACCCCAAAAAAUCCCAAUUUCCAAACCACAAAAAUUUCCAGAGGAACUAUGCCGCCAGGAUACACAGGAACUAUCACAAAUCUUCAGAUUGUCUUGAAUACCCCCAAAAAUCCCUACUUAAAUCAAGCUACCCAAAAAAAUACUUGCCAAAAUUUUCCUACCUCAAAAAAUCCCGAAAUUGAAAAUUUCAAACCCCAAAGAAUCCUUUGAUCAUCCCUGUCGUUUGAUCAUUCCUGUCCAUUUGAAGUCCACCCCCCCCCGGGGUGCAAAAUAACUGUCAUUUCAGACUUCGUGCUUAAGAGUAGUUUUGUGUCAGUAAAUCUUUCAUGUGCAGGUCUUGUAAAUUUCGAGGUUCCGACAGGUUGCUUUGCCGAUUGAUUCAUUUGACUUUGUUCUUUUGUUUUCCUUUCAAUAAUUUAAUGAAUAAUAAUGUAUUAUUUAUUAGGCACAAAGUAGCAUUCAAAUAUAUGAUCUAAUGCGCACAUUAUUUCAUUAUGAAACCACAACAAAAUCUACUUAAGUUCAUUUUUUACUCAAAAGAGGAGAAUGGCAGUUGAACUUAAAAAGUAUGAAAAUGGACUGGGUAAGGAUGGUGGUAAAGCUUAUGAUAGUUUGGAUGAUGUCAGUUGUUCAAAGUUUCCAUAUCAUAGUUUUAAUAAACCAGAUCAUUUUUUAAUUGGCCCAGUUUAAUUCCAUGUGGGGCAUAUGACCCACUUUGACUAAUUUCUAGAUUAUUUGAACACUGUGCAGGCUAGCUGCAAAGGGCCUAUUUAUAUUCCACAUUUGGCUAUAGGCUUACGUACAACUAAGACAAAAUUAAUUUUUACUCUAGAAAUAGGUGAGAAUUUCCAUACGUCCUUGUUGGUCUAUAUUCGUAUCAGGUUAAUUUUGGGCUAGGCUUUUUGUUUUUCGGGCUUUUAAGAACUUUUUUAACAUAAUUAUAUCUCACAGGAAAGUGUGACAACCCUUCUAACAGAUGAAGAAAUGCAACAGUUGAUAGAAAAUUUUGAUAAACUAGAUAAAAAUCAAGGUAAUGACAUGUUAAUGUUACGCUAUUUACAAUUAAGGUUUUAAACUGAAUCCAUUCAAUCUUAUUCAAAGCACUAGUGGUACUAGCCUCUACUAAACGCAGACGUUCUUAGAACGCGUGACGAACCUCUAACAACGUCUGCGUGGGAGGCCAUAGCGGUACUAAAUCGCCGCCCAGUUAGCAUAAGGGAGUUUUGACGACGGCGACGGCAACGAGAACCUCAAAAUAGCAAUAAGUUUACUAAGCAAAACAACAAGUUUGCACGUGCGUGACGCUUUUUUUGUACAUUUCUGUGCCUUUACUGCACGACUACGACGUGAAAAUGUCUAAUUUCACGUUUUGUAAAGGACGUCAACAAGCGACGACUAAAUUUUGUUUCUCUUUCUAAACUUGAAUGCGGUCCCAAGAAAUCAACUCCAGGGAAAUUUGCCUACAUUAGACAUUUUCAGCGAAUUGGAAUAAACGCGACAAAGUUUGAAAAAACGCUAAUUCAUUUUAAAAGUGAUGUUUUCGCUGCCGUCGCUGUCGUCGAUGCUAAAACUCCCCGCAGUUGGGAGAGCGCCGGUCUUCUGAGUGGAAGGUCAUGGGUUCAAAGCCCGGCCGGACCAACAAUCACGGUCUUUAAAGAACUGGCGAGAUCAUGCCGGCUGUGAUUAACGAUCUGAUCUUACAUCUAGUUAAGAUGUUUGCGUCAUACGGCAGUGACGUUAAGCCGUUGGCCUUGUCUUCUUCAUCCUUUCUUAUCAAUUGGAAAGGGACGUAAAUAACCCACACUGCUGUUCGAAAAGAGUAGGGGACGUAGACCCCGGUGGUGUUGUAUAUCUCUUAUGGGGGUAGGGCGGAGCCCGCAGUAAUUGGCGUCAUGCUGUUGCCGUGAACCUGCCAAAUUUGGCAAUAAGUGAAUAAAAUAAACAAAUAUACCGUACCGUAUCCACUACACUUUACGUACACUUUUAAGUUUCUAUCAGACGCUUAUCUUUAAUAAACGCCCCUUGUGUAAUAGACACCUUGCUUGACAAUUUGCUGCGAAAUACCAGAACUGAAAUAGCAAAAUAGACCGAAAUUUAUUCAGUGUCUUGCUCAAUCAUUAACAACAAUGGGGCAAAUCCUAUUCAAUGUCAACUUCAAAGUAUUAAAUUAAAAAACGAAUUGAAUCUCUAAACGGCCAAUGGAUGGACUGUAUAUAGUCUCCUAUUUGUAUUCGCCAAAAGCGUAUUAUAUUUCUCAUAAUCGUUUUUAAGGCACAAAUAGCCUGGGACCAGGAUCCGCAUUGGGGGACAGGAGGAAAAAAUCGACGCGGGCGAAAAAAAUCGGCGAGCCUUUUCCCCCUCCCCAGGCCACCACUCGGCUCGCUUCGUUCGCCGAUAUUUUUUCUAUUUAACCCCGUUUUUUGCCUUUUUCCCCCACUGCGGAACCUGGUCCCAGGCUAAAGGUUGAUUUCCACCAACGCGUUUUGGGCUACGCACGUUAACAGACGUAAAUUUUAAUCUCGUAAAUAAAAUAGAGGCAAGAUAAAAAGUGCUGAGCUUAAACGAGUAGUUGAGCGAGGUUCAACUUUUAGGCUUUCGAGCGAGCUUUCAUCCAUUGCCUCUAUUUUAUUCGCGAACGUAAAUUUUACGCAGUAUGCACGUUAAAAUUAUGUGUAGCCUGCGAGCAAGCUCUCCUAUUUGGGCGAGUGAAACGAGUCUCGCGAGGCUCACUUCGCUUGCCCAAAUAGGAGAACUUGCUUGCAGGCUAAAUUAUGUGACACUGGAAAUCAACCCUAAGUCACGUAGCGCCGGCGUUGUUUCAUAACUCACACGCUCCAUACCUUUCGUUUGUCCGUUUGCGCGUUCUUGACCUGCGCAAAAAAACGGACUUUUCUGCAAUCUAGCCAAUCAGAGUACAGCGUAGCCUCUUAUUUAAUACAAUACUUUAAUUUUAUUUCUAAUUUUAGUCCCAAGUUAAAAUACAGUUAAGAACAUUUUCGUCGUUGAUUAGUAAUAAUUGAAGGUUAAUCUUUUUCAGAUACCCAGAUUAAUGAAGAUGAAUACCUACGAUAUAAAACCGGAGAAUACAGAGAAAUACAUAACGAGAAAAUGCCAAGCUAUAUGGAAGAAGAGAUUAGGAAUGAGGUACUAGUAAUUUUUGAUCAAAGAGUUUGAUGAUCUUAUUUCCUCAAAGCGGUUUAUGAAAGUGAAGAACUUUCUACGAACAUAAAUGAUAAGGAUCAAACGAGGAAAAAUAAGAACCUUCAGUUUCGGUUUAGCCUUGACCACGAAGUUAGAGUUCGAUCAUGAAGAAAAGAGAUUAUAAAUACAGUCGAACCGCCACUGAAUUCCCACUGUUUCAAAUCUUGUUGCUGCUAUUCUACCCCGUUGAAUUUGUCAAAUGUUGCCGAGUUUUUCUGAAGUUGAAUUUCAAAGGUGACUAUAUCCAAUUUUCAACCAGUUGAAAAUUCGUACGUUUAUAGGUGUUCCGAGCCACCUUAUUCGUACGAAAAUUUAGUCGCCUAGUCGUUCAAAAAUUUGAACGCCAAAAUUGAGAUCAAAUUUUUAGCUGCCAGUAAAGUCAAAAAUUGGACCCGUGUGGUUAAACUCGUACCCAGAUCUCUUGUCGACGAAGCCGAGGGCGAGAUCUGGUCAAAUCCGAUUUGUGCACGUGAUCGCGCCUGUCAGGAAUGUGACAGGCAAGAAAGAGCGCAUUCUUGAAAUAAAUUCUCAAAAUGGCAGCCGUGUUUCGACAUGUUAAAAAACGAAUUUGAUAGAGCCGUGAAGUUUUCUCUAACAAAACGUGGUUAUACGAAGGGCGUAAGUAUGAACCAACUGAUUUGUUGUUUUUUGUAACAUCAAAUUCAACGCAGAAGUUAAUUAAAAAUUUAUUAAUAAAAGCGCUCGCUUAAAGCUCAAAGCAGUACGCGUCAACUUCUAAGCGACAAUUUUUUUACCCUUUUCUAGCGUCUUUAUCUUGAUACCGAGAGAGCGUUCUAAAAAGUCUUUAAGGAUAAGACAAAAAUGAUUUUACAACUUAUAUUAAGACGGAAAACUACUUCUUCAGUAAAAAUAUUUACUUGAGCAGACUCUACUGAAGACUCUGUAAGGAAUAAAUAGCACACGCCAUAGCGGGCGCAAAUGACGACAAUCGCGUCAUUCUCUCACAAUCUAGCCAAUCGAAAAUAUCAAAUUUUCUUACUUGACCAGUUUUCGCCUUCGGCUUCGUCAACAAGAGAUCCGGCUGGGUACGAGAUUACCGUGCGGUGUGAACACCGUAAGCGUCUAAAUUUUGUAAGUCGAAGCUGUGGUAAGUCAGCUGGAAGACCAUUUGGAUUUGAUUAAGUAGCACUCUGCUCAUGAGAAAAUGGUUACUGGUGGUUCGUUAGUUCCGUGUGAACAUGACUUGUCCAGUGCCGUGUGAACGCAGCCUAAACCUACCGCUUUUUUUCCUUGUUAACUUCUGAUCCAUGAGUAGUGCCAUGUCUUUUUUUGGACAGUUUAAACAAAUGGAUAAGGAUCAAACGGGUACAAUUGAUUGGUGGGAAUUCCUAAAUCAUGAAGCUUUAAAGCGAAUCGGUGCAAACAGAAGUAAGGUAAGAAAAUUUUUCUUUCUGAUUUUCUAAGCAAUCAAUUGACAAAACAGUUUUCCAUGAAACAUCAGUGAGUUCGCUCUCUACAAGUUCGUCCCGUAGUGGAUUAGCCCCCUGUUUUCCUGGCCCCGAUUGUUCAAAUUGCCGUGGUGGAAAGAGUUGCAUGAUAUGGUUUUCAUUGUGAAGAAUUCGGCCCACGCAACUUGUGACACAACUUUGUUUAACCAUGGAUAAUAGAAAGACUGGAUAGGAAACUGGCUGACGCGAUCGAUUCCAACAUAGUGGAAAAAUGUGACGUCACAAUAUUAAGCACGCGAAAUCUUUCGUGAUCCUUUUGUGCGGCAACAAAAUUAACAAAGAUAAACAAAGAAAAUAAUCCGUAAAACCGCACUUUAGUAUGGAGGUCGUCUUUCUAUUAUCCAUGGUUUAACAAGACAAUAGGCACAAGAAUAAUCUCGACUGAAGCUAAUGGCCAUUUUGAAGUUGAAUGUCAGAUGGGGUCGCUGUUCAGCCGAAUUGCACCAUGGAGGUGCCGGUCAGCUAUUGGCCAAUUUUUUUCUACUGUCCCUAGUAACAGUCCCCGAAAUCUUUGCGAAAACUAACUCGGCCCAGUUUCCUUUUUGUUUUUAAAGUUGCGAAUGGGCCAUGUCGAUGCUGCAUGGGAGACUGGGCCGGUGUUGUGUCACAUUGCAGUAUGGGAAUGUCUCGGGGUUUCUUUUUUAUUGGCUAAUACAAAGUUGCGCGGGAAAAUGGGUCAAAGUUCGUCCCCGAAAACAGUCCCACUGUGCCUUUCGACGCAAAAUAAACCUACACGCGCGCGCGACCUUAAAUUGCCGAUACCCUGCGCGAAGGGUAGGGGAAAAUUCGGCGGGCGCACGAGAACGUGAAAGGCGCGCGCAAUUUUCUUUUUUGGCGCGGUUAUAUGCGAACAGGUAACAGGACGUGUCUUCAAUGUUAUUCUUAUUUCUUGCAGUUUCAGCUUGUUAGAAUGCUGUCCCCUCUCGAGAUCCAGAAGGCUCGAGAUAUUUUCCACGCUUUUGAUAAAGAUGAGGAUGGAUAUAUUAACUCCCACGAAGUGGCUGUUGGAUUUAACCGUUGGUUUGGAAAUCUGAGAGUAUUCGACAAAGACCGGUAAGUUAAAUCAGUCCCGUAUUCCUUGGUCUUCCUUGCAACCGUUUCCGGGGGGACUCCCAUAAAUAAGUUAUAGGAAUACUCGUCGGAAAAUUAAAAUUAAACCCCUAAAGGCCGGUUUUUACUAGCGACGUAGUCGGAGUCGGAGUCGGCGUAAUCAGAAGCGUAGAGCUUACGAUCUAAUGAAAACCAGAUUGUCGGAGUAGGAAGCAGAAGCAGAAGAACCAAACCAAUCGCAAAGCGUGGGAACGUGCAUUGUGAUUGGUUUGGUCCUUCCGCUUCUUCUCCCGACUCCGAUAAUCUGGUUUUCACUAGAUCACAAGUGGAACGUAAGCGACGGAGUCGUAAGCAGAGUCGGAAUAGGAAUGGAAACGCUCUGAUUCUUCUGACUCCGACUCCGUUGCGCUCAUGACUCCGCUUACAACUCUGAUUUUUUUUUAAUUUCACUAGGUCAUACGUGUUCUUACGACUUCGCUUACGACUCCAAGUCCGACUGUGUCGCUAGUGAAAACAAGCCUUAAGGGAGACCAAGAGGGCGAGGCUAAACUGACCCCCCCACUUCCUUAUAGGAGACCAUACUAAAACAGACACCACUGCAUUUUUGGUAAAUUUCUUUAUCCACAGCCCUACGUGAGACCAAAAUUUACGUUUGCAAUUUACGUCCGUAAGCGAGACGACGAGCAUCCUCGUCAUUUUAUUUGGGAGUCUCCCCCCGGAACCGUUUGUAACACACCAUAAAAAGUAACUUGCUCAUACGAAAAAUAUAUUGUGCUUCAGGAGUUCAUCAUUUGGUAAAGGCCUCGAUCCAUGGGAUAUUUCUGGACAUGUUGAUCGCCAUACGAGGAUGUUCAUGGAUGCUGACACGGAUAAAAACAGGUACUGGGCUCCGCUUCUCGAAUGUCCCGUCAACCUUACAGACCCGAAGCCAUCUUUUAAAAUCUAAAUCUAAAGCCAAAAGGAAGGUAGCGCCGGUUGUUCCCUAACGAGACUUGCCACAAGUCAACAUGAUGAGUUUCAGUUUCACAACAGAGAGCGUGUGGAGCGAGCUUUUCAUAGAACGAAGAACUUUUUCGGCACUCUAUCCCCUAACCAGUGCAUUUUGUUUCGCAGACUGAUAGUCUCCUUGCUUAACAUUCAAACAUAUUAAAACAUCGGUCUUGAAUGCGAACUAAACAUCGUUCCGGGCCUGGUAAUUCCCGCGGGAUUUUCGGGAAACGGGCCCCUGGAACGUUCAGGUCGCAAUAUAUGGAAGAGGAUACUGCGUCUCCUCAUUGGUCGCAGAAAUCAAUAACACAACAUUUUUUAUCAUUAUUUUCAGUGUUUUACGGUCAGGGGAGCAACCAAUAGAAAGUGAAAUAUUAAAGAAAGAACGAAAGUAAACUUUCACAGGUCUUACCGUACAACUAUUUUGAGUUUUUGCGUGGGACUGGGUCGGGGUUGUGCCGAAUUGCAAUAUGGGAUUGUUUUGACCCAGUUUCCUGUGAAACCUCGUAACAGCCAAUGAAAGAAGUGAUAGCGUCCCCAAAACAAUCCCAUAGUACAGCUAGUUUGAUACAACACUGACGCUGUCUCCAUCUCUGCCUAAAAAAUGGCUUAUAAUCCCCAAUGAUCACUUAUAAUCAUUUUGGUUUACUGAUCUCCGAACGUUGGUAAUUACUUCUCCUUUUGUCGACCAUAGCAACAUAACUUGCGAACGCAAACGUAUUUCUGGUCGUUCCUUCUCCGACGAUUGGAAAUACGUCUGCGUUCGUAGGUUAUGGUAACACAGCUCAAUGACUGCGUAGGAAGCGCUGGUUAGUUUUUUUUCUUUUUUUACAGGCCGCGCGAGGGGAACGCGCAAAGGGGAGAGGAGCCACCACUCCUUUCCUCCUCUUGCGUGCUUGCGCGUUCUCGCCUGAUACGCAGACUAUUUUAACUGCUUAUCUGUAUUAUUGCAGAUUGGUGUCAUGGGACGAAUAUUUGAGAGAGCAGGCUCUGUAUAUUUUAGCUGCAAGACCAAAUUGACUGUCGCCACGUCCUCUGUGACAUAGAUACACACAAAACUGAACAAGUAAGGACUUGUUCUAACUGGUGCAUCACUAGACUGUCGUGAAUAGGACUUAACGCUGAACAAAGAACUGGGGUGAACUCGUGCAAGAUUUGAAACUUGAGUGGAAUAUUCGGCCAUAAACGUAUAGCAAUAUACGGCCAAAGGCUGUACAAAUAACAGGAGUGAAUCAAGGGAAAUUCAAUCAGUGUCGUUCUUACUUUAUCCCAUUGCUUAUUCAGGCAAUUUCACGUUACGAACACCUUGACAGGUUACCGUAAUCUGUUAGCGUAGAAUCGAACGCGCUUCUAAUAAGUAAAUCAAUUCCAUCACUGAUCUAUUCAUACCGGACCCUUUUUCAUAUCCAGUCCUGUUUUUAUUAAAUAAACGUAAAGGUAGAGUGAUAGUUUGUUGAUAUGUGUUAU